UUGUCGCCGGCAAGAGCACACUCGCCAUGGGCAAAGUCCGCAAAGCCAAGUCGUAUCGCCAGCAUCAGCCGGCCGUGCCAGUAGUAAAGAAAGCAAAAGAUGCUGCUGGCGACGAAGAAGAUGCACCUGUGGAGGACAAGGAAGAUGCCGCCAUCAGUGCGCUGAGUCGAGGCCAGCGCAAACGGCAGAAACGACGCGAUGCGUUCAACAAGAAGAUGGGCAUGGUCGAACGCUCGAUUCUCCAGAAGAAGAAGGAAGCGAAGAAAGAGUCCGACGGGAUGUUUGGCGACCUGGACGACCUCCAGCAAUCGCUAUUUUCGGAAACGAUGUCGUCCACGACAGCGACAGACGCCGCUCCGAAAGCACCAACGAAACUCACGGGCAAGCAGAAGAAGCGACUGGCGAUCCACGAACUCGGUCAUCUCAAAGCAGUUCACUCGCACCCGUCAUUCCAGGCGAACCCGUUCGCUGCGAUCCAAAUGCACUUGCAGAACACAGUCGUCGCAGCGCAAGCUGUCUCCAAUCCUAACGACAAGUAACCUACUCGAUGUAUCUACCCA